AUGGCCUCGAUGGGGAUCCAGAUGCUGGCCAGUGCCCUGUGCCUCCUGGGUUGGGCCGGGGUCAUCGUCAGCUGCGCCAUGCCCAUGUGGCGGGUCACAGCCUUUGUGGGCAGCACCAUUGUCACCUCCCAGACCAUCUGGGAGGGGAUCUGGAUGACCUGUGUAGUCCAGAGCACAGGGAACAUACAGUGUAAACCUUAUGACUCUCUCCUUGCCCUCAGCGCAGACUUGCAGGCCGCCAGGGCUCUCACCAUCCUGGCCAUCACUGUUGGAGGCAUAGGCCUCAUUCUGGCCUUUGUCGGAGGGAAAUGCACUCGCUUUUUGGAUGAAGAAGGAGACAGGGUUAAGGGCAAGGUGGCCUUGGCAGCGGGGGCAGUGUUGAUUGCCACAGGGCUGCUGUGUUUGAUUCCCACCUCCUGGGUAGCUGGGGCAGUUGUGAGGAAGUUCUACACCGCCUCCAUAGAUGCCCAGCGGAGGGAAAUUGGAGCCAGUCUCUACAUUGGCUGGGGAGCAUCCAUCCUGCUUAUCCUGGGAGGGGGUUUGUUCAUAAGCUCAAAUUGGCCUUUAAAAGCCCACAAUGAAGACAAAAGCCCCUCCGUCCGCUACCUGGUGGUCCGCUCCUCCAACGGGUCGAUCCCCACAGGUUCUCAUCGCAGCAGAGUGCCGUCAGCAGAGUCUCGGCCUGUUGGAGCCUUGUUUCCGAGGUCUCAAAGCAAUGAGGGAGCAUCCACAAAAUCUCAGAUGUACACAAGGCCUCCCUGGGAAGAUGGGCCUGAUCAGGACUCAAGGCAGCAGUCAGAAAGAUCGUGGGCAGCGUCAACAAAGUCCCAGAUGAAGAGACUCGAGUCGACUACAUCUGAAAACAGUGAGGCUCCUUCUACAAAGUCUCAGCUGAAACGAGCAGAAAUGGACAAUAAUUUAUCAGUCAAGAGUGACAAUGAGGCUAUAUCCCCGGAUCCAGCGAAAACAUACCUGUAAUACUUACACUCACAAUGCACUUACAAUUAUACAUACAACAUGAAGGUUUGACACAUUAACAGUUGUUUAGAAGUUUGUUUAUUUUGUGUGUUGAGUGAUAAGUGAGUAGUUCAUGAAGUUGAUUCAGCAUUUAUAGUAAGUGCAGUUAUCUUUAUACUCAAACAUGUUGUUUUGAUCAAUGGACUGAAGGGAAGAGGUAUAGACUACAG